CACAGAUCUGGGGGAGCAAUGGCGUACACAACAAUCAAGAUUGCAGCUCAUCUCAAGACCUGCCACAUUCAAGGGCUCUCAUGUCAUGCCAGUCCGCGUGCGAUAGGGUUGAUAGCAAUGGCAGCGCGGUGGCUGAAGAAGACAUCGAGCUUCUGGUGAAACAUGUGCAGGCUUACCAUGGCGACACCGUGUUGGUAUCAGCAGCUGAAGGCAAGGGUCGUAUCCUCCUCGCUGCGUGCGAAUUCGAGCCCGGCCAGCGGAUCUUGCUCGAGUACCCGCUUGUCCAGGUGGCCGUAAACAGGAGCGAGGCCGCCUAUGCAGAAUUGAUCAGGAUGCAGGAGGAGGGUGCCUUGGAAUUUGCACCAUUCUUCUACUGGGCCGCUCUGUGUUCACUGACAGACAAGGAGAUCGCGUGUGCACGCUGCCAGGCUUGGCCGUCCGUGCCGUCCCAAACGCAGGCGCAGGCCUUGAGGCUGCACGCGCCAGAGGAAUCAUGCCAGGUGCCGUCGGCCCCGGUCUUGUCCAUCGUCGAGAGGAUGUGGGAACCUGAAGCCGGGCCAGACCCGCUGCGGCUGGAACGGCUUCUUCAGGUGUGGAUUCACAACUCCUUCGACCAGGGCUCUGCCGACGACGCCUUAGAGGCUGGCGCGAUGUACCUGGCCGCUUCGAUGAUGUCGCACUCGUGCAACGCGAACGCCGCGUGGCACCUGGACGAGGCGGACAGCUUCAUGCUGCACGCGCGGGGCUGGAUAGAGCAGGGCGACGAGAUUACGAUUCCCUACCUCGGCCCCUUCGACCUCUGCCUGCCGACCUGCGACCGAAGAGCGAUCCUCUCGGCCACGAAAGGCUUCCUGUGCCGCUGCGAGCGCUGCGCAGCUCCGCUCGAUGCUGCCCGGAGCUUCACGUGCCCCAGGUCGGGGGGCGCGGCCUACGCCAGCACCGACGGCGCCAGCCUCGUCAGCGAGGCCUGCGGGGUGCUGAGCGAGGAGGAGGCCGCGCCCCUGCUGGGCGCCGAGGCCAGCCUGCGGCCGUGGGCCCGCGGGAGGCCGGAGUUCCACCACGACGCCGGCACCUCGGACACCCCCGAGGCCGCCGCUCCCGCCCCCGCGGCGGACCUGCUCCAGCGCGCGCUGGCCGCGGGCCUCGCGCGCACCCACUGGAUCGUGGACGCCGCCCGCACCGCCGCCGCGGCCGAGGCGGGCGCCGGCGAGGAGUCCCGCGGCCUGCUGCGGGAGGCCUGCUCCGCGCUGCGGGCCAGCGGGCCCCACACCGCCACGCGGCGGGCGCGGCUCCAGGUGGCUCUGGGCCGGGACCUCUGCACCGCCCGCAGCGGCGCCGAGCUCGCGGAGGCCGAGGAGGUGCUCGCGGCCGCCGCGGAGGCGCUGGCGCUGCUGUUCGGGGACGACCACCCGGAGCACCAGGAGGCCGCCGCCCUCCGCGACAGGGCCCAGCGUUUGCGCUCCUCGACCGCGGCCGCGCCGCGGAGGGCGCUGGCGGACGCCGCGCGGAGCGCGGGGGGCGCCGGCUGGGCUCGCAGGGGCGCGCGAUAAACACCGAUAUAAUAAUAUUAAUAAUCGACAAAAAAGAUAGUGCGAAGGCGGGCCACGGGCGGUGCUCAGGCAAGCAGGAGCC